CGGGAAUGCUGAGAUAUUCAAACUAUUUGACCGUUGGAAUUAGAGUUUAGGCAUCCGCUCAAUAAAUGGUUUCUCCUAUUUCUUUUUAUUCAGAACACAAGGAAGAAGAACGAAGCGAAGCAGACAGGUAAAAAGGCAGCGAUAGAUUGAGAAGAGAUAAGAGAGAGAAACAGAGGAGGAGGAAGAAGAAAGGAGAAAUCCUUUCUUUUCGCUCAGCUCCUGUGUCGGAUUCUUCGCAAGGACGGCGGAGAGCAAGAACACGGAAGGGGGGGAGUCACUGAGAACUCGCCUUCAAUCUUUAUUCUCUUCCUCGUGGUUAAGUUUCUUUGGGCAGAGUCACAACCAGGUAGGAGGAGGAGGAGAAAGAGAGGAAGGGAUGGCGACAAGAAAUCAUGCUGAGGCGCUCCAUAAUCAGAUAGGGGCCGCCAUGCCCACAGUUAAGCAGAAGACAGCCGCUGCUGUUGGAGAUGCUAAAAACCGGAAAGCUCUUGGAGACAUUGGAAAUAUGGUCAACCUUCACAUAAUAGAUGGGAAGCCCGUCCAUCGCCCAGUUACAAGAAGUUUUGGUGCUCAGCUGAUAGCCAAUGCACAAGCAGCAGCAGCUGCUAAGAAAUUCAAAAAACAAGUAGCUCUACCUUCUGAUGACGCAACUGCAAAGAAGAAGCCCGUUGUCAAAAAUUCGAAGCCUGAGGUAGUAAUUGAUAUCAGUCCAGCAACUAAACAAAAGGAAAAACAGGAAAAGAAAAGUUCUCAUGUUUCCUCUUCAAAGAAGAAAGUUCAUUCCCUAAGUUCUGUGCUAACAGCUCGUAGCAAGGUUGCAUGUGGGAUCCAAGAUAUUGAUGCUGCUGAUGUUGAUAAUGAGUUGUAUAUGUCUGAAUACGUUGAGGAUUUAUACAUAUUCUAUAAACACCAAGAGAACCUCUGCCGCCCUCAGGAUUAUAUGAGCUCACAAGUGGAAAUUAAUGCGAAGAUGAGGGCCAUACUUGUGGAUUGGUUAAUUGAAGUGCAUUACAAACUUGAACUCAUGCCAGAGACCCUCUAUCUCACCAUGUCCAUCAUUGAUAGAUAUCUAUCAGUGGAGUCAGUUCUAAGGAAAGAACUUCAGCUUGUUGGAGUUAGUGCUAUGCUUAUUGCGUGCAAGUAUGAGGAGAUUUGGGCUCCCGAGAUCAAUGACUUCAUUUAUAUUUCGGAUCGAGCCUAUACCAGAGAGCAAAUACUUAAAAUGGAGAAAGAAAUUUUAAAUAAGCUUGAUUGGUGCUUGACAUUUCCAACCCCAUAUGUAUUCAUUGUUAGGUUUUUGAAGGCUGCAGCUUCUGACAAAGAGAUGGAAUACAUGACAUUCUUCCUCGCGGAACUCUCAUUGAUGCACUAUUCGAUGGCGGUGAUGUAUUGUCCUUCAAUGAUUGCUGCUUCUGCUAUCUAUGCUGCACAAUGUAGUUUGAAGAAGAGUCCACUAUGGAAUAGAACUCUACAGUAUUACACAGGCUUCUCAGAGAAGCAAUUAAUAGAGUGUGCUAAGAAUAUGGUAAGCUUUCAUUCAGCAGCACCAGGUAGCAAGCUCACUGUGGUGUACAGGAAAUACUCAAAAGAUGAGCUUGGAGGCGUUGCGUUGAGGUCUCCGGCUACAAAGUUUGGAGAAUGAUGGGAGAGCAGCAAGUUCCUCAGUUGCUGGCUUCUGCU